AUGUCGGUGUCCCUGUCCAGCAUCCCCGUAGUGCUGAAGGACAAGAGCUACCAAGCCAGCAUGCUGAAGGGUAGCCCCGCUCGGGGCUUCUACCAUGCCCCUCUCCCCGGCCCCCAUCACUUCAUGGACUUCUUCCCGCAGACGCACAGCCUCCUCCAUCCGCUCAAGUCCCUCGGUCGCCUGGUGUCGGACACCCAGGCGUCUCUGCCGCUUAGCCUGCAAGGUGGAACCCCUCCGUUCCUUGGCCAGGGCGGCCACCACGCCUCGGUCCUGCACGAACACAUGUUGAGUGCCUCCGGCCUCCCCUAUCUGAGCCAGAUGUUGCCCGGACACCCUCUGUACUCCAAACCAGAGGAGCUGGCUGCUGUGGUGACCGAGCACGCCGCCGGUCCGCUGUCCUCAGACUUCAGCAGCCCGUCCAACAGUGAGCGAUCCUCCUCCGCCUCUUCCUCCUCCACUUCACCACCCAAGGAGAGUUUGUUUCGCCUCAGAGGCGCGGACCUGUCGCCAGAAAAAACCCGCACGUCUUAUAAUUUUAGCGAGGACGACUUGUUCAUGGUGCUCUACGGUUACUCUGGCAGCCAGGAGCGCAGCGUGGGUCACGCCAUAUCAGGAGUGGCCCUGCCCGAAAACUCAGUUUCUGACUCUCACACUCUCCCACUGGACAAAGAAACGCUCGAACUUCCAGAGGGUUUAACUAUCCUCCAGGCUGCUUGGGGAAACGUGUCCCACUGUGGAGUUUUCACAGACAAAAGCAGCAUCCCUAAAGGGACGCGCUUCGGUCCUUUCCAAGGAAGACUGGUCAACACCAGUGAGAUUAAGACAUACGAUGACAACACCUUGAUGUGGGAGGUCUUUGAGAACGGCCGGUUGAGUCAUUUUGUGGAUGGCAGAGGAGGAUCAGGGAACUGGAUGUCCUUGGUGAAGUGUGCUCGUUUCCCAGAGGAGCAGAACCUGAUUGCUGUUCAGGUCCAGGGUCAGAUUUUCUAUGAGGCCUGCAAGGAGAUCAGGCCGGGCCAGGAGCUGCUGGUUUGGUAUGGAGACUGCUACAUGCAGUUCCUCGGCAUCCCACUUACCCUGAAAGACCCCAGAGAGGACAACAGCGCGGUUCCCCCCACUGAAGAUGCUGGAGAGGGCUUCAAGUGUGACAGAUGUGGGAAGGUGUUCGCAUACAAAUACUACAGAGACAAACAUCUGAAGUACACGCGCUGCGUGGACCAGGGCGACAGAAAGUUCCCCUGCCACCUCUGCAACAGAUCUUUCGAGAAGAGAGACAGAUUAAGGAUCCACAUCUUACACGUUCACGAGAAACACAGGCCCCACAAGUGCUCGGUGUGUGGAAAGAGUUUCUCACAGUCGUCCAGUCUCAACAAACACAUGCGUGUGCACUCUGGAGAAAGGCCAUACAAGUGCGUCUACUGUAAUAAGGCCUUCACUGCCUCCAGUAUUCUGCGCACACACAUCCGCCAGCACUCCGGAGAGCGGCCCUUCAAGUGCAAGCACUGCGGGAAGGCCUUCGCCUCCCAUGCCGCCCACGACAGCCACGUCCGGCGGACACACGCCAGGGACAAGCCGUACCCCUGCGACCUGUGCGGAGCUUCUUUCCAAGAGGAGCAGGAGCUGAAAUUUCACAUGAAAAGUCACAAAAAAAGACAAAUCUCAGACAGCACAGUUCUUCCGUCUUCUCCGGGGAGCGGAUUACAGGAGGACUCCGUGAUUCCAGUGAAGGACAAGCCGACAGUGCAGGCAAAAGCCGGACAAAACUUUCCGUACACCGUUUUAAACCAGGAGUAUCGGCCCUGGAACUAG